UACGCCGCUCGCUGCCUCACUCCCUCUGGCGCUGCUGGUGCUCAGUGGUCACCGUGCUCGCGUUCCGCCUGGUCGUGGGAGGAAGGAAGGAACGAUGCCCAGCACUUGACAAUCACCAACGAUCACCCAAACCACUGAAACAACAACACGCCACAAGCAACAAUCUACCAACGGGAAGUGGAGAAGGGGAAAAAAGUACAGUCGGAGGAUUGCGUGUAUAGAGUUGAGUGGGAGGAAGAAGGCCGAACGGAAGGAAGGAGCAGCGUCAGUGUGGGUGUGUGGCUCAGCCCGUGCGUGUGGCUCCAGCAUUGAGGAGCAGACAUGGCGCGGACAUCGGUGACGGCGGCGGGGGCGGUGCUGCUGGCUCUUGUGGCCCUCGCGCGGGCCCAGAUACCCGACGAAGGCAGGUGUAUCUGGUACGGCCCCGGCACACCGAACCCGGACAAGAACCCGAACCAGUACGUGAACGAGGCGUACACCGGGCCAGCUAAACUGAUGAACGACAAGAACGCCCUCACCAGCAUGGACGAACACUGCUCCACGCUGAUGAAGGAGCUGAGAACCGACUAUGGGGAUGACGGGAAUGGGCUGCCAAUGUGCUGCACCAAGUCCAACAUCGACGACAUGACGCUGCAGUUCGGGGCGCUGGACACCUUCAUGGCGCAGUGUCCGGCGUGCCUGACCAACAUUAAGAUGAGCUUCUGCUACUUCACCUGCCACCCGCGACACUCCAACUUCCUCGUCCCCACCAGGAUGCUAGAUUACAACGACACGGACACGGGGGAGCCGAAGCAGGCGGUGUGGGAGGUGGACUUCCACAUCACCGACGACUACACCAACAAGACCUACGACUCGUGCGACGAAGUGUACAUGUCGGAGCUCAACAGGCCAGCCAUGACCAUCAUCUGCGGCAACUACGGCUACAACUGCGACCCCUACAAACUGUUUACCUUCUUCGGGGACAACAGCCAUGCCCCCUUCAAAAUCACCUACCGCUGGGCCAACACGACGGUGGUGGCGGAGGACGCGGACACGGGGGAGAUGAGAUCCAUGACGCCCUUCGCGAUGCCCACCACGCCCUGCAACAGCAACGACACAUCUUUGCACUGCCUCUGCUCGGACUGCCGCGACUCCUGCACCGCCUACCCCGAUGUCCCGGAGUACAAGGAGUGGCCGAUGGUGGGCUCCGUGGACGUCUUCACCUUCACCCUCAUCAUCGUCUACUGCAUCCUCGCCGUCGCCAUCAUCGUCUCCGCGUGCACCUGCUGGAACAAGAAUGGUGGAGGCAGCAGAUGUGACGCGACGUGCUCCUGCUGCCAGAACGUCAGCGCCAGCGUGGAGAAGGGCAUCCAGAGCACCUUCACCACCUUCGGGAGAACCGUGGCCAGGCAUCCCUUCCUCUUCCUCUUCCUGGGCGCUGCGGUCAUCGUCGGCCUCUCCAUCGGCGUGAUAUGGCUCAAGGUGACCACAGACCCCGUGGAGCUGUGGGCCUCGCCGACCUCAAGGACACGCAAGGACAAGGACUACUUCGAUAGCCACUUCAACCCCUUCUACAGGACCACACAGAUCAUCAUUGUGCCCAAAGGAUACGAGUGGACCAAUGUCACGAUCACAGACAACCUGGGAAUCGAACGGGACUACCUCUUCGGACCGGCGCUCAACGAGGACUUCGUGCAGCGGGUCAUGGAACUGCAGAUCCAGAUCAACAACCUGGUGGCUGAGUAUGAUGGUGGGGAGGUGACGCUGACGGACGUGUGUGAGCGGCCCAUGGAGCCCGCAUACGACGACUGCCUCAUCCAGAGCAUCACCAACUACUGGCAGCUCGACCCCGAGAAGCUGAACAAGUCUAUCGAGGAGGGAACCUACGCCAAGACGAUGGUCACGUGCAUCAGCAACCCGACCAACGUGGAUGUCGAUUACUGUCUGGGGUCAUACGGCGGCCCGGUGUUGCCCUAUACGGCCCUCGGCGGCUACCUGAAGGAAGGCGAGGUGCUUGCCCUGGAGCCGCAGUACACCGAGUCCACGGCCCUCAUCAUCACCAUCCUCAUCUCCAACUACCUGGACAAAGACGAACUCGGCCCAGCUUUGGCGUGGGAGAAGAGGUUCCUCGACUUCAUGAAGGAAGUGACCACGGACGAGGAGUGGACCGUUGACAUGGACAUCGCCUUCAACGCCGAGCGAGGCAUCGAGGACGAGCUGAAGCGAGAGAGUCAGAAUGACGCGGUCACCAUCCUCAUCAGUUACCUCAUCAUGUUCGCCUACAUCACCCUCGCGCUGGGCAACCUCUCCGCCGAGUGCAACAGGCUGCUGAUCGAGAGCAGGAUCGUCCUGGCCUUGAGCGGCGUCACCCUCGUCAUGUUGUCUGUCGUGGCAUCGCUCGGCUUCUAUGGUUACGUUGCCGUGCCUGCCACGCUCUUCGUCAUCGAGGUGAUUCCCUUCCUGGUGCUGGCGGUGGGCGUGGACAACAUCUUCAUUCUGGUGCAGACGUGGCAGCGGGAGCCGCGGCUGGAAAACGAGAGCAUCGAAGAACACAUUGGGCGCGUGGUGGGCAAAGUGGCGCCCUCCAUGCUGCUCUCCACCACGGCUGAGGCGCUCUGCUUCUUCCUCGGCGGCCUGUCUGAUAUGCCCGCCGUGUACGCCUUCGCCCUCUACGCCGGCCUGGCUCUCGUCAUCGACUUCUUCCUUCAGAUGACUUGCUUCGUCGCCCUCUUGAGCCUCGACGCUCACAGGAUUGAGAACAACCGCUGGGACGUGGUGUGCUGCGUCAAGGGAGCCAAGAAGAGCAAGAAGGACAGCGGGGACUCCGGCAUCUGCUACGACAUUUUCAACUCCUUCUACGCUCCCUUCAUCCUCUCGGACUUUAUGCGUGUGGUGAUAUGCCUGUUGUUCGUGGGUGUAACCUGUACCUCGAUGUCCAGAGCACCAUACAUCGAAGUCGGCCUUGACCAGACCCUCUCCAUGCCUGAGGACUCCUUCGUGCUCAAGUACUUCCUGUACCUAAACGAUUACCUCUCCGUGGGCCCACCUGUGUACUUCGUGAUGAAAGAAGGCUUCAACUUCACAGACUUCGACGAGCAGAACCUUAUAUGUGAAGUGUACGGCUGCAACGACGACUCAAUGCUCCAGCAAGUGUUCCUCAACUCGCUGGUGCCUGACGACACUAAAAUCGCCUCGGGGGCAUCGUCGUGGCUGGGCAGCUACUUCACGUGGCUCAUAGACAACGUGGCUGUCAAUGGAUACACGUUUGCUUGUUGUCGACUGGACGAGGACGGGAAUUUCGUCGACUCUUCAGCGGAAUUUGACUUUGCUGGCCGGGAGACCUGCCUUCACCUCGACGACUUUAUAAACGACAGACCCAAGCCUGAACUGUUCAUGGACCACCUGAGGGACUUCCUGUCAGACAACCCGCACGGAACCAUGUGCAGCUCGGCCGGCCACCCCGCCUAUGGUAACGCCGUGAAGAUUGUGAAUGACACUGAGACCGGCAUGGAGGUGGUCGGGGCAACCAGCUACAUGGCCUACCACACCAUCCUCAAGACCUCGGAGGACUUCACCAACGCCUUGGACUGGGCGUACCAACUCACCGACAGUCUUACCGAGUACCUGAGGAGCAACUCCAAGUACUCCCCCGACAUCGAGGUGUUCCCCUACAGCAUCUUCUACGUGUACUACGAGCAGUACCUCACCAUGUGGGCCGACACGGGCAUCAGUCUGGCCAUCUCCCUCGCCUCCGUGUUCGCCGUCACGCUGCUCUUCACCUUCGACCUCACCUCGUCGUUCAUCAUCCUGGUUACCAUCAGCAUGAUCCUCGCCGACAUAAUGGGCCUCAUGUACUGGUGGGACAUCUCCCUCAACGCUGUCUCGCUCGUCAAUCUGGUGAUGUCGGUGGGCAUCUCGGUGGAGUUCUGCAGCCACGUGACGCAUGCUUUCGCCACCUCCGUCUUGCCCACGCGGUUGGAGCGAGCCCAAGAAGCCCUGGCCACUAUGGGAUCCUCGGUCCUCUCCGGCAUCACCCUCACCAAGAUCGGCGGCAUCUUCGUGCUCGGCUUCGCUCAGUCGCAGAUCUUCCGCGUGUUCUACUUCAGGAUGUAUCUCGGCAUGGUGGUGUUCGGCGCCGCGCACGGUCUCAUGUUCCUGCCGGUGCUGCUGUCCCUGUGCGGUCCGUCAGUGAACAAGGCCUUACUGAAGCAAAAGGAGAAAAAGGAGGAGCAGGCGAAGUUGGAGGAGCAGCUGAAGAAGACGAAGAUCGAGAACGAGGUGCUCCAGAAUCGGCUCGAAGCCCAGCUCGCCGUGAACCGCCUCCAGCAGCAGCAGGUCGCAGCCGCCAACGAGUCUCUCCAAAUGGCUCAGCAACAACAACCAAUAUACCCUCCCGUGCCCCAGGCUUCGAACUCAGUCCCACAGCCACAGUACCCAACCUCCUCUGCACAUUCCUCGAUAUCGUCACCGUCGUCAUCGUCCAAACGGCAAGAAGCAGCCAUGUCGAGCUUAUCCCCCUCAGCGCCCGAAGCAAAUGAUCUUCCGCCGUCGUACAAAGAGACAGACGGGGCGGGAGGAGUCACUAACAAAGGCUUCCAGGAGUGAGAUCAGAGGGACGAUGUGGUGUGUUGAACGACUCUUUCCUUGCCGCACCACAGUCACCUAACACCAGAAACACCUUCAUAUCAGUGACCUUACAUAGUACAAGAAGUUGGACACCCUCUAGUACGAAGAUGAACCACCUUUAGAUCGCUGGAAUAUAAAGCGAAGACCACACGAAAACGGCUGUCUAUCACUCAGCGUCUCAGUGUUACGUCCUCAAGGGUGGGAGAGAGUUUCAUGGGGGACUGCACAUCUCAGCUACAACGUCAAUGGAAAACUAAUUAAAAGGAGACAACUCUAGCGUGCUGAUCCGAACUUUUGUUAAGGAGGUUACACGACGAGCUGUGAUAUGUGUUAGUGUGACUGAAGAGGUGAUCAGUACCUUUCAUUAACUGACAAAACAAUAAAGUGGUGACGAUUCAAGUUAACGUGUCAUCCAAUCAUGUGUGUGUGUGUGUGUGUGUGUGUGUGUGUGUGUGUGUGUGUGUGUGUGUGUCUAGUUGUAGCAUACAGUAUUUUAGCUACUCUCAUGUUGUCCUCUGUAUCUGGUGCUAUAUCCUGCACUCAUGGAUAUUCUUCGCUCUCACUACCUCUACCUAUUAGCCUAAAGCAUUCCAAGGUGUGUGUGUGUGUGUGUGUGUGUGUGUGUGUGUGUGUGUGUGUGUGUGUUAAAAAUAUGAAUUCGUUACAUGGUCAGGGAACGUUGAAUAGCUCUACGAAUUUCUGUCUUUCAAUCUUUGUCUCGCGGGUCUGAUUACCUCCCCGGUGAACUCCUGGUAUGCUGUUGUAAGUAUGCCUCGACUGUUUACGUGUUGUCGCUGCUUUCACUCACAAUAUCCGCUUUGCUUUCUUUUAUAGUUUGGUUUUACUGAUACCUUUAGUAAUAGAGCUUUCUUAUUACCUUCCCGAAAUCCCAUCUUAUCCCCUUACCUUAUGUCUGUACCUGUAGAGUCGAGAGAGCCACUGCGUGUCUAGUUGAUAUUGAUAUUGAUGAUUUUGUUAUUUAUGGAACUCCGUGAGAUGCUGAAUGUAAUACGAUGGGGCCGUUUGAGAGAGAGAGAGAGAGAGGUUGAAGUUAUCUGUUAGUGUCCGUCAUACAAGGGGUUUAGUAGAUCGUAGUGAGUGAAUCUUGAUAUCGGGCCAAUGUUCGUGAGCAGCGGUACGUUUCGAAGCUUCAUCUGACGCUUCUGAUGGUGCUUCGCUGGAUUCCCCCGAGGACACCUGCACACCUGUUGGCUGCCGCUGUCGUCAGUAAGGUUUGUUGCUGAAUUGGUUGAGUUAACAAUAAAUACACUCAGUAAGGAAACGA